CUUCCGGAAAACCUUCACUCCCCUCCUCCUCCAUUUCCCACUAGACUAUCAAACUCCUUUCUUUCUUCCCUCUCUGAUAGCAACUCAUCCAUGGUGGAUUUCUUCAUCGCUGAUUGCUCGAUUUCAGCCAGUUUUUGCACUGUUAUCGUCUUCUCAAUCUUCGGGUUCCGUUGAUACAGAGAUUAAAUUGUUCCAACACUCGAUUACCUCUUCACUCUCCAGAGAUUAACGAGAAAAAACGCGCCUCUGUUCUUCGAUUGGAUUCUACGCUGUGGAGCUCUCUCUUGUUGAUCGAACAUCUUCCGUAGUUCAUUCUGUCUCCGGUGGACGGAUUAUUGGGAUUUUUGGUUAAUACUUCGUCGGGAUGAUUGCGAGCUCUCUUUGCAAUGCUUCCGCUAAGUUCCCGGAUUUUGACGCUUGCAUUGGAUGUUUGUUGCCUAUCUGCUGUGCAUCUUGAUUGAUUGAAUUUGAUCUCUGUCCAGGCAGAAGUGGUGGAGGUAGAAACAAUGAUGGAACAGAAAAGUAACCUAUGCUCUGUUGAUGAGAGCAGUCUCACUUCUCUUACAUCCAAGCGACGCAAGGCAGAUUUUUCCAUCUCCGCUAAGGAAAAGAAAGACAAACUGGGCGAACGAAUUAUGGCCUUGCAACAACUUGUUUCACCAUUCGGAAAGACAGAUACGGCAUCUGUUCUUCUUGAGGCCAUGGAAUAUAUUCAAUUCCUUCACGAGCAAGUCAAGGUAUUGAGUGCUCCAUAUCUCCAAAGCACACCCACUGUUCAGUUGCAGGAGAUGGAGUUGCCAUACAACCACGGGCUGAGGAACAAAGGUUUAUGUCUUGUACCCAUCUCUUGUACUGCAGGAGUUGCACGUAGCAACGGUGCAGAUAUUUGGGCUCCUGUGAAGACAACCUCCCCCAAAUUUGAGAAGACCAUCUCACCAUUCAAUUGACCACAAACCAAUGCUCCGCAUCCAAAUGAUUCUGGAGUUGCUACAUACGGUUGGUAAAAAAGGUAACUACUUAUCUUCAUAUCUAAUUUAUAACAAUUUUCCCUCUGAAGUAGCUGAAUUGUAUCAAAUAAUUUAGAUGGUGCUUGGAAACUGUAAUGAAUUUGUUACGAAACGAGUAGUCGAAUCUUCGGAUUCCAAGCUCUGAAUCGCCACACCAUUCUAGUUAUCACUGGUGAGGGGCAUAGUUUAUAUCGCAUAAGUGUAUUUGGUUGUAUUAAAUGGUGCAAAUAUGUAUAUUGUAAACGAGUUGUAUGAUGAUCCUAAAUCGGAAAUUCAUGGUAGAGUAGCAAUUUGUUACCUGCCUAGAACUAGAUAGGCA